ACCAGCCCACCGCACCAGUCGAAGUUCUUCCUCCUCCCCUUUGUCCGGCCAGAACGCAGCGCCUCGCGUCCUGCCUUCCCAUCCGCGCCACCGCUACCGGUGCUGCGCCAGCCUUCCCCAACUCCACGGCAGGUACUAGGGAACUCGGCACCAGGGAUUCGUCCGCGAGAACCGCUUCGCGAGCCCUGGCCUAAAUUGACGGUAGUGGCUCCGCCCCGGUAAACCCUACUCCUCCCAAAGACGCCGCUAAGUCACCGAUGGCGUCCUUCCCGCCGCCGCCCACACUCCCUCCAGCGCCCGCGACUCCUUCACCCGCACCUCCGCCGCCUCCGCAUCAGCAUCAGCAGCAGCAGCAGCCGGGGUCCGCUCCGCCGCCGGCGGCUACGCUGCUGGUGCGGCACCUCCCGGAGGCGAUCACGCAGGAGAUGCUCUCCCACCUCUUCUCCCACUACGGAGCCACGUCCGUCCGCCCCUGUGCCGGUGGAAAGUUGAGGAAUUGUGCAUUUGUAGAUUUUAGGGACGAGGCGGCGGCCAAUCAUGCACAUUCGCUGUUGAACAGGUUGAGGUUCCUCGGGAAAGUGUUAAUGGUUGAGAGAGCAAACCAGCCAAAUACCAAGAAUGCUUAUGUGAAGCAUCAAGACCAAUCAGUGCAUGGGGCAUCCCAAGUACCAAGUAUGAGUUCCCUAAAUCAGACAAAUCCUGCAUCGUUUGCUGAACCAAUUGCUCCAAAGCUUGGUGUGGACUAUCCAUUUCCUCCUCACCUUGAGUAUGCAUAUCCACCGCCAGAUGGAAACAUAUUGACAAAUAUUGUCAAUGCUCUCAUUGCUGUUCCACGAUUCUACACCCAGGUGUUGCAUUUGAUGAACAAGAUGAAUCUCCCAGCUCCAUUUAGGAUGGCAUUACCCACUCCACCGUUACCAUCACAAGUGCCAGCUCCUCCACAUCCACCGCCACCACCGCAGCCUUCUACAACAGAGGAACUUCAUCCAGCUGAUUUGUCUAGUGAUGAGUCCGAGUUGGAAUCAUCUGAUGAAGAUGUUGAUAAACGGAAAAGUAAGUGUGCGAAGCAUGAAGCAAUUGUUGGUCCUGCAGUUGAUAAAAGUGUUGCUCAUGAAGCAGUUGGGCUGAAACCUGCUGGAUUAGUUUCUAAUGAGCUUCAAGUGAUAAAAAAGAAAAACCCAGUACUUCAGAUAAAAAUUGCCCCUAAGCCUACACGGAAGGAACCUCCUGUUCAAAGUACUACUGACAAGGAAUUGGCAUCAACAAAUGAACAACUUGAAGAAAGACAUUUUGUCACACCUCAGGAAAUAGAGAAAGAGAAAUUACCACCGGAGGAGAUUUUGUCUCUUCCUAUGUUCAAGAAUUACACUCCAGGGAAUCCUGCUACUGUAUUGUACAUUAAGAACUUGGCGAAGGAUGUCAUUCAUGAUGACUUCUACUAUGUCUUUGGGUCUCUCUUCGAAAGCAUGGACAAUGCAAGAUCCGGUCUAAGUAUCAAGUUAAUGCAGGAGGGACGGAUGCGUGGCCAAGCCUUUGUGACAUUUCCCACGGUUGAACUUGCUCAAUGUGCACUGAACCUAGUACAUGGCUAUGUGUUCAAAGGCAAACCAAUGAUCAUACAAUUCGGUAGAAAUCCUGCUGCUAACAAAGCUUCCUAGGAUGAGAUGCUUUUCUUGUUUCCAGAUUUUGACGCAUUUAGAAGCUGGUAGGGUUGUAAAGUGGCACCAAGAUGUUGUGGGUAUCUACAUCAGGUAUCUGCAGGCUGGAAUAUUUGAGUAUCACCAUUGGGUUGAGGUUGGUUUGAUUGAUUCCUUACAGAGUGUAAUUUGCUAAUUGACUUGCUUUGUUGCUAGGUGUUUGGUAAGGAAGAACAUCUGUUAUUUCAGUUCACUUAACAUUAAAAUGUAACUGUUAGUUGUAUUGUUUGGCUUUAGAUUUCUGGGGAGAUCUGAAAGAAGAGAAUGCAAGGAAUAAAACCCCCUUUUGGGGAC